CUGCCCAUCUUUAUUGCUAAGCAAGUUGUUGGUAUUAUCUGUAAGAACUGUGGAUUUGCUCAUGAUGUUGCAACGUCAUCAGUUCUUGUCCAGCUAGUUUUUAUCUGUUUUAAGGUUGGGAGCAAAAGGAAACCAAUAAAGCUAAGAAAUGCAUCCUGGAAAGAUCUAAGGAACAUUUUUGCUUUAGCUUAUCCAUACAAAGGAAGAAUAAUAUUAGGCUUAUCCUUCUUGGGACUCAGCUCGUCUAUAUUCCUUCUACUGCCCCGGAUAUUAGGAAAGAUGAUCGAUGAGUUUGAUGAAGCUAAAAAGUCAGGGAAUGGGAAUGAACCAAGCUUAAAGAUUGCAAAGUUUUUUAAGGAACAUCCUUUAUAUUUGAUUGCAGUUCUUCUCAUCGGUGCAAGUGCUGUUUGUGCUCGUUCCUACUGUAUGCAUACUGCAGGUCAGUUGAUAAUUAACGACCUGAGAUCAAAGGUGUUCAGAUCAGUUCUCUGUCAAGAAUUAAGCUUUUUUGACAAAAACAAGGUUGGAGAAAUUGUGAGUCGGCUCUCCACAGAUGCUCUGAUCGUCGGAUAUUCUGUAUCAAUGAAUUUGAGUGAUGGAGCUCGGGCUGUAGUAACCUGCAUUGGUUCUGCCAGUCUCAUGAUUUACACCUCUCCAAAGCUUUGUGAAGUGGUUACUUUUGUUAUACCAAUUAUUAUUGGCACUUUUGCGGUUUUUGGUAAAUUACAAAGAAAAUAUACAAUGCAGAUGCAGGAGGCAGUUGCGGGAGCCAAUCAAGUAGCGACGGAGAGGUUUUCCAAUGUCAAGACCGUACGCAUGCUAGUGGCAGAAGAAAAGGAGUUUGCUGCAUACAAGGAAAAGAUGCGUGAGAUAUGGUUGAUUGCGCGUCGGGAAGGUUUAGCUAAGGGGCUUAUGUAUGGCGGGUUUCAAUUUACCGGUUAUGUCGCACUAACGACUAUCCUGUUCUAUGGAAGUCAUCUAAUUAGCCAAGGACUACUAACUUAUGGCGAUCUUUCAUCUUUCUGUCUUUAUGCAGUCCUUUGUGCAGCUAGCCUCUCAAAUAUGAGCUCAUUUUAUACAGAAGUCAUGAAAGGUCUUGGCGCAAGCGCGCGUUUAUUUGAGCUCCGCUACCGGAAAGCUUCUAUUCCGAUCACUGGAAUACAAAACGGUAUAGAAUUCGACUCAGUGCAUUUUGCUUAUCCAGAUAGGCCUCCAACAUUUAAUGGCCUUACCUUAUUCAUACCUACCGGUAAAGUUACAGCGGUAGUUGGCCACUCCGGCUCAGGCAAAAGCACUUUGGCAAAUCUCAUUCUGAGGCUUUAUGAUCCUACUAUGGGAAAAAUAAUGGUUGAUGGGAUUGAUUUGAAAGAAAUAGAUCCAUCAUUUUGGCGUCGGCAAAUCGGAACUGUCGGUCAGGAGCCUGUGCUUUUUUCGACUUCUAUUUGGAAUAAUAUUGUCUAUGGCGCUGAAAAACCGGAACUAAUUGUGCAUGAGGCUGCAACACAGUCGAAUGCUAUGGACUUCAUCACAGAAAUGCCAGAAGGUUUCAAAACAAUAAUUGGUGAGCAAGGAUCUACCGGUCUGAGUGGAGGUCAGAAGCAACGUAUCGCAAUCGCGAGAGCUCUUGUCACUAAGCCGUGCAUGCUUAUACUGGAUGAAGCAACAAGCGCAUUAGAUGCUACAAGCGAGUAUUUAGUACGGGUAGCUCUAAAUGAACUUUUGGUAAAUAGUCGACAGACCGUAGUAAUCAUUGCACACCGGUUAUCAACUAUAAAGUAUGCGGACCAAAUUAUUGUUUUGGAUAAAGGAAUUGUUGCUGAGUCUGGAACGUUUGAUGAUUUGAUGAGGCGCGAGCGUGGAACCUUCAGAAAGCUUGUUGAAAAGCAGUCUUAUCAUCUCUUCCCCUCUGUAACUGUUUGA